AUGCCAGUCGCCUCUGUCGAGCAGCCUUGGCGGCGCGCAUGCGCCGCAGGGUUGACCGACAGCCGCGCGCCUCAAGCCUCUCGCUCCACUCGCGGCACGACGUGCCCCGCGCGCCGGUCAGCGCAGCAGGAGUAUUGCGACAUGCUGCACAACGCCAAGGACAGCACUGAGAAGCUGGCGCCAGUCGCCCACCAGCAUGUCUCAGCACCAGGAGGCCACCCUGCUUCUCGCAGCUUUGUGCAGCGCAGCGAGCGAGCAGCGCCGCACCAGGCGGACCCAUGGCGUGCGCUCAGCCAGCCGCGAGGCGGAGGCAGGCCGAGUGAGCGCGAGCCGCGCGGGAGGCCAUGCCCCGCGCACCGGCGAGCGAGUGGCACGAAAGAGUGCAAGUCGCGCAUGCUUUUGCGUAACGGUUCUCGCUUUUUCGAAGCGAUCUUUCUCGGCCGACGCUCGGCCGACGUCCGCAGGCACAGCGGGCACGGCCACGGAUCCCAGUAG